GCCUCGCGUUGAAAUCGGCUAUCGUCUGCUGAGUCGCGAGGAGGAAAAACCUCAUCCAGUUAGAAAAUCGACAUUUUCAAGUUGUGGGCUCUGCCAAGAAAGUGAAAUAUUUCGGUACUAUUCAACGUCACGCUCUCGAGUGUUGAAUAAAUUUUGAAAUUAGCUGAUUUCUGACGUUGUAGUUGCUCGUAGUGAACCGACAUCGCCAUGGAUGAGGAAUACGAUGCAAUUGUCCUCGGAACCGGCCUGAAAGAGUGCAUUCUGAGUGGAAUGCUUUCCGUGUCGGGCAAGAAAGUUUUGCACAUUGAUCGCAAUAAGUACUAUGGUGGCGAGUCGGCGUCAAUUACACCGCUCGAUGAGCUCUUUACGCGAUUUAACCUGGAUGCGCCCGGCGAAAAGUAUGGACGUGGACGCGACUGGAACGUCGACUUGAUUCCCAAGUUCUUGAUGGCAAAUGGGUCGCUAGUGAAAUUGUUAAUUCAUACGGGCGUGACCCGAUACUUGGAGUUCAAAUCGAUCGAGGGAAGUUAUGUCUACAAGGGUGGAAAAAUUGCCAAGGUGCCAGUGGACCAGAAGGAGGCGCUCGCCUCGGAUCUCAUGGGCAUGUUUGAAAAACGAAGAUUCCGAAAUUUCUUGAUUUACGUUCAAGAUUUCCGGGAAGAUGAUCCAAAAACGUGGAAAGAUUUCGAUCCAACUAAAUCCAAUAUGCAAGCCCUCUACGAUAAAUUCGGUCUUGAUAGGAAUACUCAAGAUUUUACAGGUCAUGCAUUGGCUCUGUUCAGAGAUGAUGAUUAUUUGAAUGAUCCAGCAGUAAAUACUAUUCGUCGUAUUAAAUUAUAUUCGGAUUCGUUGGCAAGAUAUGGAAAAUCACCAUAUUUAUACCCAAUGUAUGGAUUGGGCGAACUGCCACAAGGUUUUGCCCGAUUGUCCGCUAUAUAUGGCGGUACGUACAUGUUGGAUAAACCAAUUGAUGAGAUUGUUUUGGGAGAAGGUGGAAAAGUGAUUGGCGUGCGUUCAGGUAACGAGGUUGCCAAAUGUAAACAAGUUUAUUGUGAUCCAAGCUACGUACCAGAUAAGGUGCGCAAAAAAGGUCAAGUAAUUCGAUGCAUUUGCUUGAUUGACCAUCCAAUUCCAAACACUAAGGAUGCAUUAUCAACUCAAAUAAUCAUACCCCAGAAGCAAGUUGGACGUAAAUCUGAUAUUUAUGUUUCGCUAGUGAGUUACACGCACCAAGUAGCUGCUAAGGGUUGGUUCAUUGGCAUGGUAUCAACUACCGUCGAAACAGACAAUCCUGAAAAUGAAAUUAAACCUGGCUUAGAUCUAUUAGGACCCAUCACCCAAAAAUUCGUAUCUGUAUCAGAUUACUACGAGCCAGUUGAUAAGGGCUUAGAAUCGCAUAUUUUCAUAUCAGAAUCAUAUGAUGCGACAACACACUUCGAAACAACAUGUCUAGAUGUUUUGGAUAUAUUCAAGCGCGGAACUGGGGAGGAGUUUGAUUUUUCGAAAAUUAAGCACGAACUGGGCGAUGAGGAACAGUAAAUGCUAUCGCGAAAAUAAGUAAAAAUUCUAUAGAAGAGAAGAAAUUCCCCCUGAAAUGAGAGAAACCAUUCGCUGUCUAUCAAGUCAGUAAGAGGAGAAAAUAUUAUAAAUAAAAGGAAACAUUGAAAUAUCCAUACAAGGUUAUCCUCGAUAUCACAAGAAACACACAGACAUACACAAUGAUACACUCUUUUGCAGAAAAUAUAAUCCUAUUCAGUUUAUCCAAGUUUCCAUUCACUUUUUUUUUAAAUAAAGGAAAGAUCUUAUUUUAUAUAUAAAUACAUUUGUGAAAAGUUUAUUUGCUAUACCAAAUAAGAAAUAAGGCAAUUUAUUAUGAAUAAACUAUCCACUUCUAUUGGUGUGUCAAAAUUUCAAUAAACUACUUUAUUUUAAGCGUUUUAUAUACGAAUAUUAUUAGAAAAUGACAGAAACGAUCAGUAAAAAGGAUGAAAAAUAAUAGAAAAGUAUAUUGAAACUAUGUAAAGAUAGACAGACGUUUCAAAACGAAGAAAGUCGGUAACAUGCGGGAUUCUUUGAAAGUGUAAUGCUAUUUGAGCUUGAAAUACAUUCAACGAAUUUGUGUUAUUCAUGGAAACAACAUUUUAUUUGGUGAUGGAAGGAAAGAGAUAACUUUACGCAGGUUCAACUCGGAGCGAUAAAUGCACAAAAUUAUUUAUUUAUAAAGGCUGUAUUGUUCGGAGUGAAAUUUGGGUAUUGGGUUUUAAAUUAUUCUACAAAAUUUUUAGCGGGCAAAUAUGUGCGUAGACUAAGCGUUUCUUGUGUUGUGACUUCUUUUAUGUAUCAAUUUGACUUUUUAUAAAACAUGUUUCGAUUUAUAAGUAAUAGAUUGCAUUCUGCUCCCAUAUUAAACCAUUUUUCAUGUUUAAUGGCCGACCCGUAGAAUUAAUAAGUAAAUUAUUACCCUUCGCGCCGCAAGGCUUCUUAGAAAGUAAAAUUCCAAAUCGACGGGUAACAAAAUCCAAACUUCACUUUGACCGCCUUUUUCACCAGAUAUACUGAUAUCGUUUGCAAGUGGAAUGAUUAGUUGAAAAAUUCAACCUAACUCUGAGCAUCGGAGAGAUAAGCUCAUGAAGGCAAAGCCUAGAAUUAGUUUUCUACCCGAAUUAAUAUGCGUCUAGAGAAUAAAGCCGGAAAUGAAAUGCAUAAUACAUUCCAAGUUUUGAUUUUUUAAUAACGUUCAUGUUAUUAUAUAUAAAAUUUAUUGUUCUCGUGCUUAUAAACAGCAGCCUAUAAAUGAUUGCUAAACAGAAGAAAUGAAUAUUGAAACAAUUAUAAGAAUAAAAGUACAUUUAAUACUUGGAUGAAUUUGUAUUUUGGAAUUUUGACUUUCCGAUUUUAGUUGUGUUCCAUUAUAUUUUCCUUUCGUUGAGAAAUAUUCGAAGAAAGAUUUCGCCAAAAGCCAGUACUGUGAUUCGAGGAAUCUCACAAACGAACAAUAACAUUAAGAACUUUCGAUGAGACUGGAAACAAAUGAUAGAAAGCUGACGAAAACAUAGUACUUGACAAUUAGUAAAUACAAUUUCCCAGAAGCAGUGUUACGUUGUGCCCCUCCCGCGAAAAAUUUAGUAUAAGAGUUCAUUCUAGAUGCUUACAUAGACACAAUAGCGAGAUUCUAUAGGUGAUCGAAUUGAUUUUUAAAUUGAGCAGGUAUCGAUUAGAAGUUUGAUUCGUAGGAAACACAGUCGUGUAAUAGUAAAAUACGUGGUUGUUCAAUGUGGGGUCUUGUACAAUAAUUAUCGUUAUAGCUGCGUUGUCAAUCCAAUUUUCAUUUUGAUCUAUGCUUUCUAGUAGCUUACACGAGCAACGUCUAUUACACCAGAGAUUCCUUACGAUGUAUUUUACUUUAGAUUUUUAUUGAUAUAAUCUUUCAGUAAUAUAAGAUUUAUCAUUGCAUAUUUAUAUGAAAUUGCUGUACGGAAUAAAGUUGAUAAAAAAUA